GCCAGAGAUGACCUCCUGGUUCAAUUUCUUCACGUUCGAUCUGAUUGGGGAGCUAGCUUUCGGGGAGUCCUUCGGAUGCCUGGAAAGCUCCACCUAUCAACCAUGGGUAGCCAUGAUCUUCGAGGUCAUGAAGUAUCGUGGCUUUAUGCAGGCCCUCAACUACUAUCCCUCUGUGUCCAGCGCACUAUUGAGGCUCCUCCCCAAAUCCUACGCCGAAACCUUCGCCACUCACAAGCAGCUUACCCAUGAGAAGGUCCAGCGAAGGAUCGAGAGUAAGGUGACGUACAAUGACUUGACCGCCAAUCUUCUCAACCCAGACCACAAACUGGAGCGAUACCAGAUCGACGGUAACUGCUCGACGCUCAUUAUCGCCGGGAGUGAAACCACCAGCACAGCCCUGAGCGCUACAACGUAUUACCUCACUCAAUACCCAGAAGCCAAGGCUAAGGUGGUUCAGGAGGUUCGAAGCACAUUUCAAAAACCGGGGGAGAUCACUUCCAUCGGUGUGAAUCAACUGAAGUAUCUGCCCGCCUGCUUCACCGAGGCUAUGCGAAGAUUUCCGCCCGGGCCCGCCGUCUUCCCUCGGCGAGUUCCCAAGGAAGGGGCCUGGGUUGCGGGGCAAUGGAUCCCCGGGAGCAUGCAGGUGGGCAUCUGUCAUUUUGCCGCCAACAACUCACGUCUCAAUUUCCAGGAUCCCGAGAGAUUUAUCCCGGAGCGGUGGUUGGGCGAUCCGGCGUAUGCGAAGGACGAUCGACACGCGAUGCAGGUGUUCAGUGUCGGGCCCCGCAACUGUCUUGGGCAAAGUCUGGCCAAGCUCGAGUUGCAUCUGGUGCUGUGUCGGCUCAUCUGGGAGUUUGACUGGCAGCUGUCCCCGGAGUCGGAGAAUUGGGACUGCGAUACCCCUGUCUUCAACACCUGGGGGGUCAAGCCUUUGCGCAUCUUUCUCACCCCGGUCAGCCGCUGAGCGUCUGGAUACGUCGAUGUGCAUGAAAUAUGGUUAAGGUUGACUUUGUGUGGCAAACUGUAAUCUCGGAGGUUUUUCGGGACGGGCGAGACUGUCACCACAUAUAAGCUUCGGCAUGGUAAGGCUAUCCAGCCUGUGACAUGAUCGAGCCGUACCCCAUCUCAGCGCUCACAUUCAUUGAAUUCCUG